AAGCUGAGUGUUUGAAUUUGCAGCCAUAAAUGAGUUGAACGCUCACAUGGAUUUGUCGGAAGUUUAACAGUAUCUUAUUGUUAGCCUCGACGGGCUGUUACAAGCGAGCAAACAAUCAAACAUUGUAGCAGCUCAACUUUUGGACGACACCCUGUCCAUCCUGCUAUUUUCAUACGAGUUUUUCAUUAUUUCAAUAGACUUGAUAAUGAUAGAUUGAUUUAAUAAUAAUCUUACUACAUAUUUUGCACAAAAUAAUGCUUGAGAAUAGAUUAUUUACGCAGAGCACAUAUUUUUUGGUCUGUUCUAUGUAUUGUUUUACUUUCCGAACCACACCUACUUCUACUUGAUUUGUAUCUGCAACUACUACUGCAACUCUACUACCACUUCAACCGAUCUGCAAACAACGAUGUACAUAUAUUCAACAAAACGUGUCUUUGUACAUAUACACACGUAUGUACGUCGCCGACCGCAUCGUCAUUCGUCCAAACGAAAACAAAAAAAAAACCAUUAACGUCGACGUGCGCAUAUAUCUUCUACUACCACCGCUACUUCUACUUCUACUACUACUACUACUACUACUAUUUUUACUCUUCUUCUUGCUCUCCUACCUCUUCGCUGUUGUGCGAACGAACGACAACGUCAAUUGUUUACGAAUAUAACAAAAAAAUCUAUAAAUACGUAUACACGGCGAUGGGCGUCGUUGACGCCGCUCUCACAUUGUUGGUACUUCUGUCCGAAAAAUCAUGCCAUCUGCAACUGCGAUCGACGACUACUGUGUGCCGCGUGGCUUUGCAACCGACGACCUGCGCCGCAUCCAUCGUGGCCACCGCACCGCUGAACUGAUCCACCUGCGAAACAUCGACGAAUGGCCGAACCCCGAACCCAUCGAUCUACCGCGUACGGUGCAGCAGCUAAUCUGCGCAAGGAAGUGAUCCGGAACAAGAUCCGAGCCAUCGGCAAGAUGGCGCGCGUCUUCUCGGUGCUCAGGGAGGAGAGCGAGAGCGUGCUGCAGCUGAAGGGGCUGACGCCCACGGGCGCGCUUCCGCUCGGCGCUCUGUCCGGAGGCAAGACAUCCUUGAAGAACGCGCUGCAGGGCUUUUCGCCCAAUCACAAGAUCACCUCGUUCGCCGAGGCGAAGGGCCUGGACGCGAUAAACGAGCGGAUGCCGCCGCGCAAGGACGCCCCGCCGACGCCAGUCAACGAGGACAAGGCCAAGACGCCCACGACUCCCAGCGCCGAGGCCAAGCAGUCCCAGCAGUCUCAGUCGCAGCAGCCCCAGUCGCAGCAGGCCCAGCAGCAGCAGCAGCAGCAGCAGCAGCGGGACCAAGGCAACGCCCAGCCCCACUCGUGAGCCCAGCCCCGCGCCUCUUAAGCAAGCUGCUGUUAACGGCAAGAUACCCAGCGACGUCCACUGCGCUUGCCGAAGCCACCAUGCGUACGACCACCACUGCUCGUCUCUUCCCGGACCCAUACACGCGCGCGCGCCACCACGCGAUCAUCGCUCGCCACUCAGACCAACGGACAACCGACCACCAGCCAGCCAGCCAGCCAGCCAGCCAGCCAGCCAGCCAGCCAGUCAGCCAGCCAGCCGACGGACGUUCGCUCGCUCUUCGACUUCUCUUCUUCGACCCGACCCCUCCCCCUUCGUCGCCGAAUCAAGUCGCCUGGGCAGAUCGGCGCACACCCUUCACUCACACACCUACAUACGGACACUGCGCGCGCGAGGAUAGAGCUCGACUGCUUUUCGCUGAUGAGAGAAAACCAACUUGUUCUAUCCUCCGGGAAAACACGCGCGCGCGCUCUCACACACAAGAACUGCCUACUCUUGAACAAACGGUGCAGAGCCAUUCAAUAUAACGACGAAACUUUCAUUUCGAAUUGCGCAAUGCAUAUAUUAAUGAUAAGAAGAAGAUUGUUAAGAAAUUCGCUUAACGAGUCUGCGUGAACGCGUCUCUCGAAUUCGUACGUGCAAAGAGACCUUUUUAUUCGAGUGUCUCUCUUAUUCUUUUUCUCUCUCUUUCUCUCUCUCUUUCUCUCUCUCUCUCUCUCUCUCUCUCUCUCUCUCUCUCUCCCUCCCUCUUACUUUCUCUCUCUUACAAUUAUUUCUAUUCUAUUCAAAGCUCCGAAUACCGAUGUAUUCAUUACUCUCGACAUCUCCAUAUUUUUCAAUAAAAUCUUCAUUUUCUCUUUGCACGUAUUGACCCAUAUACAUAAACAUGUUGACCAGCAUACAUAUGUAUAGCAACGGACGACGACGGUACGAGGCUCUGAAUAAUAACGAAGUAUCAGAUUUUCGACUAACUACAUGCAAAAACAGUGUAGGAGAAUUAUCGACAGAAAGAGACAGCGAGAGAGAGAGAGAGAGAGAGAGAGAGAAUGUGUAUUUGUGUGCAUGUAAUUAUCAGAUAACAAUCGAGUUUCCUCGUUCUUCAAUGUGUGCGUCUGUCGCGUGUAUGUCCGUUCGUCUGAGUGUACCUGCAUUAAUGUGUUGUUGAUAAAUCCUUGCUGAAUCGGUCGACCAGCUAAAUAUUACAUCCUAGUUUGAAAAAUUUACACAUAAGUUUUUCAAUUUUAUAAGUAGAACAGUUUUCUUAGAAGGAGGCUCAUUUUGUGCUAUUUUUUUACUCCGACUACUCUCGGCAGCAACAUCUGUGUGUUUAUUCUCUUAUUCUCUCGUUUUACGGAUUUCGGUUGUUUAGUCUCGUCGACGGUCUUUCCUUAAUUAACCCGAUCAAUGACGACGAUCGUUUUAUAUAUAUAUACUAAUAAGAAUUUUAUAAACCGACGGAAGUUGUUACGUCGAAGCAAAAAAAAAACCAAACUAAAAUAAUUAAUUGUUGAAAAUAAUAAACGUGAAAAGUACUUCUUCAUAUCAAAAAUACAUUUACGAAAAGCAGGCAAAAAAAUAAAUAAAUUACUAUAUAAAUAAAAUAAAAUAAAAUAAAAUAACCGAUAAUUCGCGAGAUUACACGCUUACCGACUGUAAAAAAAACCAUAAACUUCAUGUAAAAGUACUUGUAGAAAGAAGAGAUAGGUAAAAACGUUGUGGGUGGUAACGAAAUGUAAAAAAUAAAAUUACAUAUGAGCGAGCGAAGUAUAUCGAGCGAGCAGCUGGUCUGCCGCGUGAAAGGGCAAAGCAGCCGUUUCUUCCGGUUUUAGAACUCUUUUUAUCCCUAUGAUUGUUGAAUCGAUGCUAUACCAUUUAAUUGAUCAAGCGAGCAUGGUAAGUCAGAUAAAGUGAGUAGCAAGCCAAAACGAAGAUGACAAGUUUAAGUUACGCAAAACAAACGAUAAAAACUCGCGCGACAAAUCGCAAGGAAGUAAAUCUCAUAGGGCUAUAUAUUCAAAAGUUGACGGCUUAGCAUUAUCAUUGCAAUGUCAGUGCUAAUAAUCGUAAUAUAAUAGGUGACGAAGAAUGAAGAAACAAAAAUUUAGGACAGUUAGACAAGUGUAGCAGAAUGAAUGAUACGGCUUAGAUAUAGAUCUAAUGAGUUACAAUUGUCGGAAAAAAAUUUCAUUUUUAAAUAUAAGUAUUCAAUCUUAACUUUUUCGAGAUUCAUCGCGCGGGAAAAAAUAACAUGUUACAUUGUUAUAGUAUAUAUAUAUGCAUAAUAUGUCUCUCUUUUACCUUUCUCUUUCUCUUCCACUACACACAUCAAUCUCCUCUCUCUCUCUCUCUCUCUCGCUCUCUCGCUCUCUUUCUCUCUUUCUCUCUUUCUCUCUUACUUUUUAUCCCGCGCUUUCCUUCCUAUUUUUUUUUCUUCCCCUAUUAUCUCUAAUUAUUCGACCCUUUUUCAUCUACCUCAGACUGACUAAGAAAAAUCUAUGAGCCCAUUAUGUUUACUAAUUGAAGGAAAAUUCUUAAACGUCUUUUUUGUAAUUAAAAAAUAUCUAAGGUGAAAAAUGGAUAGAAUACACGAUGAAUUCAUCAAAGUGAUUUCUGCUGGGUUAUAAGACAAGAUAACUUGCUAACUCAUUAAACAUAUUAAACCGUUUUAAUAAAAGUGCACAGUUCGUGUGCAAAUAACAAGCGAAUAACUUACUGAUGAAUUUUAAUUUUUAUACGUCUUCUAAGUAUACUAAAAAGAAAAAACUUAUCCGCUUGAAUACUCUUUACAUAAUUACACAAGUAAACGGCAGCAAAUCGUUCCUCAUCAAACAAACAUAUAUACAAAGUCACGUGAAUCUACAAACACUAGUCGAUUGCGGUUCUAGCGAUGAAAUAUAUAUAUAUAUAUAAACUUACAUAUAUAAAUAAUGAAAAUACGUCGAGAUAUUCAGCAUCGAAUUCCGGAAGAGCGUAUUUAAUAAAUAUUUAUAGUCCAAAGUCUCUCUAAGAAUCCUUUUUAACAAGUCGAUCUCUCUCGAAUACCCUUGUAUACAACUUUGCACCGCAUAAACCUUGUCAGACACAUCUGCGCGUCCGUAUUAUCGGACGCAAUAAAUAAAUUAAAGAAAAUUUUAUGGAAUAGUGCAUCUUUUAGCCGCGUUUAAAAAACAAUUAUUAAAAUUUUUUCAGAAAAAUCUCAUUAUUAUAACGAUACAGUAACGCAAAGUCGAUGCUAUGCAUCGCUUUUUUCAAUCACUCUUCACAUAUAUAUAGCGCUUACAUAUAUAUGUACAUAAAGUUUAGAAUUGACGUUUAUGUCAUAAUUGUCGAUAGCUGGACGGACGUAAUCGUUAAAUUAUCGAAAUUUUUUCAUACUGAUUUUUUUUGCCGAUUUUGCUUUUCAAAGAACGUGACGCUUGGUUCUCGGCAGUAGCAGUGGCCCUACGGACGCGCACUGUUGGCGAAGAAACAAACGUGUAUCGUUAAGAUAGCUAUCCUUUUCCUCGCGUACUCCGUUUUUUCUUUUUUUUUCUCAAGAUUUUCCACGAUUAUGAUGACGUUCGAACAAACGUACGCGCGAUGAAACUUCACGGGGUCGCCGGAUUGCAAUCCAAGCAACAAGCAGCGCGCCAAGGCAACAACGCGGUGAAAGCGCGCGCGCGCGCGUCGAGGCGACGAAGCGAACUCGGGCGACAUCGAACGACAGAGUGAAUCUCGCAGUGCGAUAGCAGAGAACAGCCUCGCGAGCCGAAGCCCGCGGGCGAACGAAGAAUCUCUUAUUUUAAUGUCGUUGCGCUUAUUAUCGGCGGAACGUUGUCGCGCGUCGCCCCCCUCACGAGUCAGGCGUAUAGGCUCGGAGCGGCUGAUUCGUCGUCGAUCGCGCUGUCGGUUUCGCGCGCGCGCGCGCACGCGAUCCUGCGAAAGUAAUUGAGUCCGCGGUCGCGCGAGGGACGACCACCAAGCCGUUUUCGCUCCCUCCCUAGCGAUACGACGAUGAUUUGCCGCGUGAAUCGCCGAUUUCUAGCGCGCGCUCGGCGCCGAGCAUCGGAGUAACGACACUUGCGGGGCUGACGCUGGGCGGCGACGAAUCGCCGGCCCUUGCGCGUAGCUCUUCGGUUUGGAUGUAAGCCAUGACACAGCGCGAUGAUUUCAAUGACGAUGACAAUGAUGGCAGUGAUGAUUUUUCAUUGUUUUCCUUUCUUUUCUUCUCUUUCUUGUACGUGUAUGCGCAUGCGUGCCAGUGUGUGAGAAAUACAAAUACGGCAAUCGUAGAAAGCUCCUUUGAUCGUCAGCUUCUCCGAUAUUCCGUAUUAGCUAUUGUUUUACAUUUCUAGCAAGGUCUGGAUCCCUGGUCGAAAUCCAAAUUUCGAUCCGACCGCGAUCACUUCGAGGUACUCGGGGCUUGCACUUUUUGUCGCCGAUGCGUCAAAAUUGCUGACUGCGAGCGCCUAUAUUGGCACCGCGCGAUCGAACGAAGAAACAGUGUGAAGACCGCGAGUCCAUCGACGAGUCGUCGUUUGCGUUUAUCUUGCAUUACUAUUGCGUGUCACUUUUGUUUCGUUUCUCGGUAAUGCUGUAAGUUGCGUCUACACGAAUCCUUUCUCUCUCGACAGAGCAGAGAGUGAAGCGAAAAAGAGUGCGAGUGCGAAAGAGAGGAAUUUAGUGUUAUUUUCGAGUGAACGCUGCCAGAGAGACGGAAGAGAGAGAGAGAGAGAGAGAGAGAGAGAGAGAGAGAGAGAGAGAGAGAGAGAGAGCUCCUUCAACUCGAACUUUAAAACAAUUAUAAAUAUUAUACAUAAUUAAUAUUAAUUAUAUAUAAAUAUUGUCCCGCGUCGCAUCCCGGGAAAACUUGUCGUCGUUUUUCGCUGUUUUUUCUACCUCUUCUUUAGGGAAUCGCGUGGUUUAUUCAAUGACGAUGCUGCUCACAAGUAACAUUGAGACGAGAGAAAGUAAGAAGCAAAAGGUUUAAAAAAAAUUUUAAAAAAAGUACGCGAAACAAAAUGAUUUUCGAUGAACGACAAUGUCGGCAUGGGGUAUGUGCGUUCAUUUGCAAAGGCGAGAAUCGCAAGAUCAAGAGUACGACACUGACAACGGAAAGUGAUCGUUGAUCAAAGUUAACAAAUGAAAAUGCGCUACCAAGUUUGUAAAUCGUCUUUACGACUCUAGACUUGACAUUAAUCGUUGGAUCGAUAUCAUUGGUGAUCGAAAUAAUGAUACACUGAGAAAGAAGCAAAUGAUACAUUGCGAUCAGAAACAUAAAAAUAAAUGAAAACUUUAAUUAUUAUACAAAGUAUAUACAAGAAGACAAAAAAAAAAAGGAUGAAAGAUUAUUAUACGAAUGAAUUACAUAAGAUAUAUCUCCUCUCUCUUCUCACUAUGAUACAAAAUAUAAAUGAAAUAAUUAAUUCUAUCUCUCUUUGCUACCAAGUUGUACUUAUUCAUAACUAAUUUACUUGUACAAAAAUGUGUUAAAUAAUAAU